UAAAUCUUAUAAAUAAUUCAGAGUCAAUGGCAUUAAUUAUGUACAAUCAAUCGACUUUGUUGAAAUAUUUUCCUCAACGCAUAUUAAUAGACUGGCCUAUUCACUGCGGGGCCUAAGAGUUAGUUAUAGCCAGAUGUUACUGUAUAUUUCAUUCAACCUCAUUUGUUUUCAGCCAUGGGGCUUUUGUUCUCAGAUUUCUGCUCCUGCUCGCCGCAUUGAAGUUGAAAUGCAGGUAAAUGGUUGAACGAAUGCGCUGUGGCGCAUGUGCAGAUAUCUUUUCUCUUCCUUUUCUUAGUGACAUGCUGCUGUUUCUGUUUCUGGCUUACCGCUUUAUUCCGGCCUCAGCUGUUUUUGUUCUCCCGACCUGCAGGGGAUGUAGCCAAAGGAUGCUAGAUCGAAUGACCCCCAUGGAGGUCAUAUGGAGAUCGCCGCGUGUUUAUUUUUUGCUUACGUGAUGGAUGUCAUGCAACUGAAAGCUUUCGAUCUACUUAAAAAUCAAAGUUAUAAGGUGGCUACAUUAAGAUGAAAAACUACACGAACAAAGCAAAUGAUCUUGACAACAAGCGAAUUAUAUUAGAUAGUUGACUUAAGGAACACUAAGAAAUUCUAUGAAAAUGCCUUCAGCUUCCAAAUGUAAAGUGACUUGCAUAAGUCAGCACAAUCAGCACAAAGUCGUGUUAUUUACCCCCCAUAUGUUUGGGGUAGGUUUUGUAGGUCAGGUGACAAAGGUGAACCAGGUGGCACUGAAUGGAGCCGAACGGCCAGCCGGGUCACGUUUCCCCCAAAUCCCCCAAUAAUGGGGUUGGCGCGGUCUAAAGGCGACCUUGGCUAUAGCAAUAGCCUACUAUGCAAUAAAUAGUGUGCACUCGUAAUGCGUUCCCAACAGGGGUUUCGGUACAGAAAUCAAUAUCACUGCAAUGGCCAUCGGCAAUUGACAACGGACAAUGAUUGAAUGGGGGAUAAUGGGGCCUGGCUGGGCAGACCCCAACAUCGGAAUGGCAUUUGUACAACUUCUGCCAUAAACUAUGCAAAUCUGGCGUCUCCUGGGAUAUCCGCCGUUCGCAAUAGCAAAAUGUCGACUGCAUUCCGGCUGCCAAUUUAAUUAGUUGUUGGGCAAACAUUCGGGUAAUCAGUGGCUAAACAGUUUAUUUAGCUGCAUUUGGCCAUUCAAGUUGGAUUAUGUCUGUGUAGCUUAAAUAUGCACAAAAUGUGUCACAUUGUUUGGGCUGAAAUAGAAUAUUAUUUUACAAUGAGACAUAGACGCAGCGUUUGUUGAACCACGCCCACUCUAAAGCCCACAAACAUAAUGGGAAACCCGACAUUUGAGCAAUCACUAUAGCACUGAAAAAGUUGACAGCCUCAAACUUCAUAUGUUUGGCAGCUCCGAAACCAUUUCAGUUCAGUGUUAUACAGAACGUUGUUCAGUCUACAUCUAUUUUAAUUGUGAUUUUUUCGGUGUUAUACAGAACGUUGUUCAGUCUACAUCAAUUUUAAUUGUGAUUUUUUCGGUAAAGUUCGUUGUGAUAAAAAUGGAAAACCCAAACGAGUUUACUGAGAAACAGCCACCUACCCAGGAGCAACCUACCCACCUGCCGGGUGUGAACGAGGUGGCCCAAAAGUUUCUCGCCAAUUUGGACGAGAAACAGCCACCCAACCAAGAUGAACCUACCCAGGAGCAACCUAGCAAGGAGCAACCUACCCACCUGCCGCGUGUGAACGAGGUGGCCCAAGAGUUUCUCGCCGAUUUGGAUGAGAAACAGCCACCCAACCAAGACCAACCUACCCAGGAGCAACCUAGCAAGGAGCAACCUACCAAGGAGCAACCUACCCACCUGCGGCGUGUGAACGAGGUCCAAAAGUUUCUCGCCGAUUUGGACGAGGAGCGCAAGCGAUUGUCCGCGGAGUUUCCACUUUGCGCACUGCUAAUAGACGAGGCUGUGGACCGUGUCUACGGCACUGGUCAUAUUCCCGGCAAGGAGCGCUUUGCAGACGUGUACCAGCAGAAGCCGAUGAAGAUUACCCAAAAGGUCUUCGUGCCCGUUAAUCAGUUUCCCAAGUUCAACUUCGUUGGCAAGAUCCUCGGGCCCAAGGGGAACUCACUGCGUCGCCUUCAGGAGGAGAGCCAGUGCAAGAUUGCCAUUAAGGGUCGCAGUUCGAUCCGCGAUCGUAACAAAGAGGAGCAGCUGCGCAGCUCCGGCGACCGGAGAUAUGCCCAUCUUGAGAAGAAUCUCUUUCUGGAGGUCAGCACGGUGGCCCCUCCGGCGGAGUGCUAUGCCCGCAUAGCCUACGCCCUGGCCGAGAUCCGAAAGUAUCUUAUCCCAGACGAUAACGACGAGGUUUGGCACGAGCAGCAGCGCGAGCUGAUGGAAAUGAAUCCCGAGUUGGCCAAAAACACUAAAGGACUCAAUCUGCCUGCCUACAGAUCUGUCUUUGAAAAGAUGAUUGGAGGCAACAGAACUGGGGUUGCCAAGUACAACAACCUGAUUAAGCGAUAUAAGGAAAAUCCGCCCAAAUCUGUCUUCGACGAGACAUUUGGAGGCAACAGAACUGGGGUUCCCAAGUACAACAAACUGAUUAAGCGAGAUAAGGAAAAUCCGCCCGAAGUCGCCGAUAUGGAGGAGGUGGCCUAUAUACAUCGUAUGCUCCCCAGUCGUCCGUCUAUGCGCUAUGAGAACAGAAUACCACGACCAUCAAUAAAAACCACAAACGCUGCGCCACUUAAACGUCCAUAUCCGUAUCCGACUGACGUGAAUCGUAUGCGCGAACCGCCCAUCAAGUCCUAUAAACCCAACCCAAUAUGGACUUAGGUUAUACAAUCCGUGGGAGCACAUAAAAAAUACUUAAAACAAGAAGAAAUCAGCAUUCAAAAUGAAGCCAUCAAUGAAUAAACAUUAACUUUCUAUGAAUUAUAAAAAACUAAUAAAAUAAAACGCAUUGCAAUCCAA